UGUAGGGAAAAUGGUUUGUUGGUUUUGUUGCUGAAAUGAUGAUGAUGCUCCACUCACUCUUUUCGCACAAGAUUUUUGUGUUUUAUGUAUUUUGUUUGUACACGUGACGUCUACACCAUUCUGUCGUUUAGCACUGCUGGGUCUUUUGUUGGAAUUUGGUUGCGUUUAACUCCUGUUUUCUUCUUCAUAAAUGACCGCUCUUAUGUAAAAAUAAAAAAUAAAAACAUUAAAUUGGUUGUAGAAUUUGAAGGGGUUCACAUUUCACUCUCUCUCACUCUCUCUCUCUGCUCUCUUGAUCUGUGCUCUCUUGAUCUCUGGUUCUCUUCACUGUAAUGACUCCUACUUGUUUGGGUUCCUAAGUAAGUGAACCAACCAAAUCUUGAUGGAUUCUGGUCAGUAAUUAAGAGCCUUGAUUUUGUGAAGGAAUGGAGAAUUCACAUGAGAAUGGAAAUGGAGUGAUGGCUGAAAAUGGCCACAGCCUUAUGAGGCACUCUUCUUAUCAGUCUGGAUUUAAGCUAUCUUUACAGUGGUUAGAUUUGAAAGUUUUUUACAUUAGAAUUACCAAAUGUGAGCUUGAUGAUUUGACCGCGGAGUAUCUCACAGUGAACUAUGUUCCACUGAAACGUGACACCCUUUUGGAAGUGAAUGGCGCGCGGACUGGAAUCCAUUCGGAUGGUGUAUCCACUAUACUUAGAAGAGAUAGGUUUGAUAAGAAAUCCGAGGAGGUUACUUUUGUUAGUACUGAUAGUAUUAGUAUGACAGGAAGUGUGAAAUAUGAGGUUUUCGAUAGGGAUGUUCUCGUGUUGUCUGGUUCAUUAGACUUAUGCGAUAGCAAUGGAUUUUUAAGUGAAUCUGAAAAUCAUGGACAAUCUUGGAACAUCAAUUGUGAAAUGGAUGUGUUUGCUGGCUCUGGCUUGCAAAAAGGAAACCAACACACGGCCACGGAUUUGGCUUCUCCUGUAAUUGAAGUUUAUAUAGCUGGUUGCUUCUCAGGGAAACCAAUUAUACUAACAAGGGCCCUGCAACUCGGCCAUCGGAGGAAGCAAUUAAGGCCGGGAAUGUUGGAAUCAAUACCGGAAUAUGAGGCAACUGAAAGCCAGUACCAUGCUUCCUCUUCACAUGCAAUGCAGGUUACAGAUCAUGCAAAACUCAAACAGGAGCAUGAUGAAUAUAACAACCUUUACUCUAGGAUGGAAUAUAUAGAAGGUGAAGAUGGGGAACUAUCCUGGUUCAAUGCUGGUGUAAGAGUAGGUGUUGGAAUCGGCCUCAGUAUCUGUGUUGGAAUCGGUAUAGGAGCGGGACUACUUGCUCGUACUUAUCAAGGAACCACCAGAAACUUCAGAAGGCGUCUACUUUGACGACUCAGACCUGUUUUAACUGCUAUGACUCUAAUGCCACCUAUCUAUCCCAAAUACCUGCUAACUUCUUGAUUGACUCACCUUCUCUGAAAAUAAAUGCUAAUGAUGCAAGCUGAUAGGAUCCUCUUGUGAGAGAAAUAGCCUGGUUUUUUACAUUUCUUCCUAAACUGAUCGUCUAUAAAUAACUCGCAGCAGUAGCUAGCUCUGGACAUCGAAUAAAACUUGAGUCUUGUGUACUUGAGCUGCAGGAGAGUUAAAUGACCUCGUUGCUAACAACGGAUAGUCGUUAGAACAGUCUUUCUAUAUUUCUCACAGGUCCUUGUCCAUUUUUCUUUUUCUUUCAGUAAUUGUUAGGUCUUCUAAUGGCAUUGUAAUAGGUUAGAUGUAUCUGUGAACGUUUCGUCCGUUCAAAGGUGUUAAUCUAGUUCAUGUUUAUGCGAAUUGGAUAGUAUAACUGUUUACAAAUUGCAUAAGGGAGUAACUUUUUAUGUUUCGUUCCUUUUUUAUCCUUCUGAUCUUGCGGCAGACCUUAUUGUACUUUUCA